GCUAUGGUGCAGCUGCAAGCGCCAGCGUGCCUGGGUUACAGCGGUAUUCGUGCUCAAACUGCUGUUGCUGCGGCACGGCAAAAACUGUCGUCAACCAGACGCCAUCGAUGCGACGCAAUGCCCGCUAGGAGGCGAUGAAACGACUCAUCACUAUGCUCUCGCUCCAGCACACCGCAGCAGUCGUCCUCAAGCGCGCGGCAGCGGCGACGCCCCAGGCCUUCGAGCGCGCCACGGGCUUGCGGGUGCUGCAUAUGUCGCCCGCCGUCGUGGUCGUGGACAAGCCGACGGGUUUGCGGUCCGUUCCGGCCUACGGCCCGACGCGGGCGCUCCUCGCGGACUUCGCGCGGCGCCAGGCGGCGGGCGAAGCGGAUCUGCAAGAAAAGUUCGAGCGGCCGACGCGGCGGGACCGGUGGUGCGGCGUGGCGCGCGACCUCGACGGCCUAGCACCAGAGCUGAGAAGGCGCUGGGACUCGCUGCCGCGGACGAAGAGCAAAUUCAUCAAAUUCUGCGGCGGGCCAGCGGGCGGGAGAUUGAAUCUAGACGAAGCCGAGGACGCCUGGCAGCUUUUAAGGGCAGCGGUCGCCCAGCGCGAAGCCGAGGAGGGCAUGGAAGAGUCAGACAGCGUUCUUCGAAGGGUCCAGCGCGAGGCGGGGUUUCCGGAGGCGUGUCCGGUCCAUCGAUUGGACUACGCGACGUCAGGUUGCUUAGCGGUGGCCCUGACGCAAGCGGGCGCGUCGGACAUCUCGCUGCAGUGGCGGAAGAGGACGGUCGACAAGGCGUACGAGGCGGUGGUCGAGGGUACCGUAGCUCGUGAUGAAGGUCUGAUCGACAAGGCGCUUCUGAGAGUCGACGCGGUGAAGAGGUCGGGCGACCCGUCUCGCGUCGAGGUUGUGGACGACGAUGUGCCGGGCGCGAAAUUGUCGCUGUCCUCGUACAAGGUGCUCGCGCGGUCCGAUCGUGCCACGGUGCUGGACCUGACGCCCCACACCGGGCGUUUGCACCAAUUGCGAGCUCACUGCAAGGCGCUCGGCCACCCCAUCGUCGGCGACUGGCUCUACGGCACGGGCGACGCGAACCGGCUCUGCCUCCACGCGUCGCGGCUCGCCUUCGACGACCCGGCGCUCGGGGGGGAGCGCGUCUGCGUGGCGUCGGCGGCGAGUUGGGAACUGUCGGAGCCUUUCCCGGAGUUGGUGUAUGUUUCGUAAAUUGUACUUGCUUUG